AUGUUAAAUACAGUGGAAGUUUUCCUAAUUUUUGUAGUGAUUAGUGAGUCAAUAUUGGGGGUUCUAGGGAAUGGGUUCAUUGGAAUUGUCUAUUGCAUUGACUGUGUGAAGAAAAGGAAGUUUUCUAUGAUUGGUUUUAUUCUCAUAGGCUUAGCAACUUCCAGAAUUUGCCUGAUAGUGAUGAUCACUACGGAUGGACUUAUAAAGCUAUUCUUUCCAGAUAUGUAUGCCUCUGGUAAAUUAAUUGACUAUGUUAGUUACUUGUGGGUAAUUAUCAGUCAAUUAAAUAUCUGGUUUACUACCAGCCUCAACAUGUUCUACUUCCUGAAGGUAGCAAAUUUUUCCCACCACAUUUUUGUCUGGUUGAAGAGUAGAAUUAAUAGGGUUCUUCUCCUUGUGAUGGGAUCCUUGCCUAUUUCUUUGUUAAUUACUUUUCCCCAAGCUGAGAAGAUUUUGAAAGAUUAUAGAAUGAUGAAUAGCAGCAUGGCCUGGCAGAUCAACUUUCCUAAAGAUGAAUACAUCACUAAGCAGAUAUUGUUCAAUCUGGGAGUCAUAGUCCUCUUUACACUAACCCUGAUUACAUGUUUCUUGCUAAUCAUUUUCCUCUGGAAGCACAGCAGACAGAUGCAACUUAAUGUGACAGGACUCAGAGACCCCAGCACCGAAGCACAUAUGAAAGCCAUGAAAAUUUUGAUCUCCUUUGUCAUCCUCUUCAUCUUAUUUUUUAUAGGUGUUGUCAUAGAAUUAUCAUAUUAUAUGAGGCCAGAAAACAAAUUGUUGUUUAUUUUUGGUAUGAUAAUCACAGUACUCUAUCCUUGGGGCCACUCAUUUAUCUUAAUCCUAGGAAACAAAAAGAUAAAGCAAGCCUACUUGGUGAUACUGCAGCAAUUAAAGUGUCGCAAGAAAUAG